AUGCAUUGGUCGCUAUUGGAGAGGGGAUUGAUUAAGCUCAACAUAGAUGGAGCAUUGCCUUCAUAUAGAUCAGGAGCUUCUAUUGGGGACACCAUUUUUAUGGUUGAAGCAAGAGCUGUGCUACAAGGCCUUCAAAUAGCAUGGGAGAACAGAUACAUAAAGCAUGAGCUGGAAUGCAACAACGCACUUUUGGUAGAAUUAAUUUUAGCUGGUGGAAUAGCCAAUAGCAAAUUGGGAGAAUUACGCUUAAUACAUUAUUUGCUCAAGCGGGACUGGAAAUUCUUGCUUGGGAAGGCUGGUCAUGCCCCUGAAUUCGCUCCUCUUAUGGCUGGGGCACUAGUAAUUUUCUGCUGUGCAUGGUGGCGACCUGUCUCGGAUCUAUGGUCCCAUCUUCAAACUUCGAAUGGGGAGCGUGUUGACAAUAGUCAUAAACUCGCCUUCACUUGCCAACGAGGUCCUCAAAGUUCAGGAUGCAUCUUCGCUAACCGUGACGUUCCAGCAGCCGGUAUCGCCGGCACAUUUGGUGGACUCAACAUCUUAUGGAGACCCAACGGUCCUAGAUGCAACCAGCUGCGUAAGCUUGUUAUUUGCGAAAUCAUGAGCAAACAAAGCUUGGAUGCUUGCUACGUGCUUCGUCAACGAGAGGUUCGACGAAUGGUAAAGGAGAUUCACGGAAAAGUUGGUUCCUCAGUUAACAUAUAUAAACAACUAUCAGCAACCGCUCUACGAGUGAUGAUGUGCACGCUAUGGGGUGAUGAUCCAUCGCAAGAUUUGAUUGAGUUCAGGAAACGAUUGGAUGAAAUUAUAAUGACAUUUGCAACACCGAAUGUUUCCGAUUUUUUCCCAAUUCUGGCCCCAUUUGAUUUACAAGGAAUUGAAUCCAAAGCGAAGGAGCAAUUGUCGUGGUUUUAUGGGGUUUUUGAAUCAAUGAUAAAGAACCGAAGAAACAUUAGAGAUGAUGGAAAAGAAAAGGAGAAAAUUAGCAAGGAUUUUAUGCAGCAAUUGUUGGAGCUGCACUGGCGAGGAGAUGAUAAAGACUCUUUAUCCAUCAACGAAGUGAAAGCUUUGCUUCUGGAUUUGAUGGUCGCCGGUACGGAUACAAUACCCACUACCGUAGAGUGGGCAAUGACCGAACUGUUACGCCAUCGAGAUAAAAUGACGAAAGUCGUAAAGGAAUUAGAUACGGUGAUCGGAAACCAGAACACUUUGGAAGACUCUCAUAUACCUCAACUUGUCUACUUGGAUGCUGUCAUAAAGGAGACACUUCGUCUUCACCCGGUUGCUCCAUUGCUAAUUCCUCAUGUGCCCAGUGAGACCACUGUUAUUGGUGGAUUUACUGUCCCUAAAGGUUGCUCGGUUUUCAUUAAUGCAUGGGUCAUUCAAAGGGACCCCGAGUUGUGGGACGAUCCUCUUCGGUUUCAGCCCGAGAGAUUCUUGGAAACCGACAUUAACUAUCGAGGCAACAAUUUCGGGUUUUUUCCAUUUGGUUCAGGGAGAAGGAUGUGUGUUGGGGUUUCUCUGGCAGAGAAGAUGAUGGCACUGCUCUUGGGCUCUUUGGUGCACUCUUUUGAAUGGGGAUUGUCAGAGGGGACUAAGCCUAGUUUAGAAGAUAAAUUUGGGGUUUUUUUGAAGAAAAAGGAAUCAAUUGUUGCUACACCCGUUGCACGACUUCCUAAUUUGGAGCAAUACCAAUGA